GGAUGGCCAGAUUCCCAGCCUCCCAGGACGUUCAGGCUCUUAUUUCCCAUAAGCCUGUGGGUCCGUUUCCGGUGUCCUGAAGGUUUUUGGGCUCGGCGAGUUGAGGUGAUCGCGUCGGAGGAAGUAAUCAGCGCCGGGUCAGAACCGGCAGCGAGGCUGGGGGUGACUCCGGGAGGCGCCCGAGUUGAGGAGGCCCAGGUCGCGGACUGAGCAUGUCGCGUUCGGAGCCUCCAGCCUGUGUGCGCGCGAGCGGCUGAGAAGGUUGGGUGUGUGACAGCCGGCGUGGCCAGGCCGGGGUGUGUCUCCGUAAUGGUGUUUGCGAUUGGCAAUGUGUGAUGGGGUGAUGAGGUGCGUGGCCUUGUGGUUUUGCUUUGGCUGUUUGUGCUCCACGUUCCCUCUAGACUUUCUUUGGGCCUGCCAAAUUUAAGUGACCGCAAGAGAAGGAGCCCUACGCGAAGCCCUAGAGUGAACGUUCCACGCAAGAAGGCAUAGGUCCAGUCUUGGGAUGAGCAUUUUAUAUCCGCAGGUGUCCUCAGGACUUGCUCCUAGGAAGACGUGAUGGGGAGGUCCCAGAGGUAAGAUUCCUAGGAGGGGCGCGUCUAGGAACUCCUUCGGAGCCAGCUACCUGUUUCAGAGCCGCUGCAACCAGACCUCUGUCCCCAACAAUUGCUGUCAACUCAGAGAUAGAGUCCAGCCUUCCUUUCAAUCCCAUCUGAUUUUGUGUGGAUGGAGGCAGAUAUGGCUCUAGACAGCGUUUUGGUUUUCCGUUUUUGUUUCUGUUAUGUUUUUUAAAGUUAGGUCUGUGCUCCAAGAAAUGUUGGUGUCUCAUGAUUCUUUUUUGCCCCCUACUGCUGCCGGGUUUUUAAGAAGGACCCUGAGGAGGAGGAAAGAAUUGCUGCAUAUUUUGAAAUCAAGGUUCAGCUCUGGCUUUUCUGGAUUCUGUGCUUCACCAAUCGAGGAACCCCAUGGAUUAUUAAUUAGUUCUUGCAGUUCUAGAACCAUGACUGAUGGCUUGGUGACUUUCAGGGAUGUGGCCAUCGACUUCUCUCAGGAGGAGUGGGAGUGCCUGGACCCUGCUCAGAGGGACUUGUACGUGGAUGUGAUGUUGGAGAACUAUAGUAACUUGGUCUCAUUGGAUUUGGAGUCAACAUAUGAGACCAAAAAUACAAUUUCAGAAAAAGACAUUUUUGAAAUAAAUUUUUCCCAAUGGGAGAUGAAGGAAAGAAGUAAAACUCUUGGCCUUGAGGCAUCCAUUUUCGAAAAUAAUUCUAAGUGCAAAAGCAAAUUUGAGGGACCACAGGGACAUCAAGAGGGAUACUUUAGUCAAAUGAUAAUUAGCUGUGGAAAAAUGCCCACUUAUAGAAAAAGUAAAUCUUUUAGUGCACAUCAAAGAAUUCAUAAUAGAGAGAAACGCUAUGUUUGUAAGGAAUGUGGGAAGGCGUGUAGUCAUGGCUCAAAACUUGUUCAACAUGAGCGAACUCAUAUAGCUGAAAAACACUUUGAAUGUAAAGAAUGUGGGAAGGACUUUUUUAGUGCCUAUCAGCUCACUGUGCAUCAGAGAUUUCAUACUGGUGAGAAACCCUACGGAUGUAAGGAGUGUGGGAAGACCUUUAGUUGGGGAUCUAGUCUUGUGAAACAUGAGAGAAUCCAUACAGGUGAGAAACCCUACGGAUGUAAGGAGUGUGGCAAGGCCUUCAGUCGUGGCUAUCACCUCACUCAACAUCAGAAAAUCCAUACUGGUGUGAAAUCUUACGAAUGUAAGGAAUGUGGGAAGGCCUUUUUUUGGGGCUCAAGCCUUGCUAAACAUGAGAUAAUUCAUACAGGUGAGAAACCUUAUAAAUGUAAAGAAUGUGGGAAGGCCUUCAGUCGUGGCUAUCAACUUACUCAACAUCAAAAAAUCCAUACUGGCAAGAAGCCUUAUGAAUGUAAAGUAUGUGGAAAGGCUUUUUGUUGGGGUUACCAGCUUACUCGACAUCAGAUAUUUCAUACUGGCGAGAAACCCUACGAAUGUAAGGAAUGUGGGAAGGCCUUUAAUUGUGGCUCAAGUCUCGUUCAACAUGAGAGAAUCCACACUGGCGAGAAACCCUACGGAUGUAAGGAAUGUGGGAAGGCCUUCAGUCGUGGCUAUCACCUCACUCAACAUCAGAAAAUCCAUACUGGUGAGAAACCUUUUGAAUGUAAGGAGUGUGGGAAGGCCUUUAGUUGGGGUUCAAGCCUUGUUAAACAUGAGAGAGUCCAUACUGGUGAGAAAUCCUAUGAAUGUAAAGAAUGUGGGAAAGCCUUCGGUAGUGGCUAUCAACUUACUCGACAUCAGAUAUUUCAUACUGGCGAGAAACCCUAUGAAUGUAAGGAAUGUGGGAAGGCCUUUAAUUGUGGCUCAAGUCUCGUUCAACAUGAGAGAAUCCAUACUGGUGGGAAACCCUACGAAUGUAAGGAAUGUGGGAAGGCCUUCAGUCGUGGCUAUCACCUCACUCAACAUCAGAAAAUCCAUACUGGUGAGAAACCUUUUAAAUGUAAGGAGUGUGGGAAGGCCUUUAGUUGGGGUUCAAGCCUUGUUAAACAUGAGAGAAUCCAUACUGGUGGGAAACCCUAUGAAUGUAAAGAAUGUGGGAAGGCCUUCGGUAGUGGCUAUCAGCUUAGUGUUCAUCAGAGAUUUCAUACUGGUGAGAACCCUUAUCAGUGUACGGAAUUUGGGAAGACCUUUGUUUAUGACUCAAACCUUGUUCAACAUGAGAGAACUCCUAGUAAUGAUAAGCCUUAUGAAUAUAAAGGUUGUGGGGAAGCCUUUAUAUGGACAACUUAUUCAAAUGAGACAGUUGAUACUGGUGAAACUUUAUGAUUGAAGAGAUGAAAGAAAAUUUUUUAUGUGUAUAAACAAUGUGAGGAAUCUUGAGAAAGCUUAUGAAUGUAGGGAAUGUGCAAAAGCCUUAUCUGUGUGUGGACAAUUUACUUGAUAUCAGAAAAUUCAUACUAGUGAGAAAUACUUUGAAUAUAAGGAAUAUGAAAAGGCCCUUAGAAUUUUAUACAAUUUUAUUGAAUAUCAGUUUAUACUGAUGUGAAAUCAUUUAAAUGUAAGAUGUGUGAAGAUCUUUAUUCAUGGCACAAAAGUCUGGUAAACAUUGGGGAAUUUGUACUCAUUAGAAACACUUUAAAGAAUGUAGAAAGAACGAAAACCUAAUUCAGUUUUUGCUGUGUGCAUUAGAGAACUCAUACUGCUGUGAAAUUUUAUGAAUUUAAGGAAUGUGAUAAAUAUCUUAGGCUAUAUCAUAGAAUGAAUGCAAAUGAGAAACCCUUUAAAUUGGGAUGUAGGAAGGCCUUUAGACAAGAACUACUAAAACUGUUGUCUAGAGACUUGUGCCAGUCCAUAAAAUUGUUACCUGUCCAUCAUGAGAUGAAUGUGGAAAAUAAGAGUAAGUGUUGGGAAACUUAUAGCAAUUUCAUAUUGCCAUAACAUUUUUAUUGUGUUUAUAAAAAUAUCAAUCAGCUCAUGAAUGAUUAGAAUUUAAAAAGUUUGCCCUUUCCAAGAAAUAAUUUGAGAGACAACAUUCAGUUUUAAAAACAUGAGACAAGUCACAAUAUAAUUUAAUUAGAAUAAAUGCUUCACUUGUCACCUCUGUGAUUAGAAUAGCAGAAUAUUCACACUAAAGGAAGAUUUGACUAAUGUGUGAGUCACAACUUCCUUAUGCCUAUAAUAGCAUAAUUUAUAAUAAGUAGUGUUCAUUUAAUGAAGGUAUAGAAGCCUGCUGACACUAUUCAACCUUUGUUAAACUUCAGUGAAUUCAUCCUAGAGAAUAACCUUGUCAAUGUAACAAAUAUAGGAAAUCUCUCACACAUGGCACAAACCAUACUUAACUGUCCUCACCAUUCCACCUUCUUACUACCUAUGGGAUGUUGGGAAAAAUGCUUAUCUCCUUUGGGCAUCGUCUUUAAAAUGUUGGUGAUGGUAACUAAUAGUCCUGUUUCAGAGAUUGCAUGGAUUUAGUAUGCAUCAGAUCCUUGGAAGAGUUAUCUUAUAUGUAUCCUAUGCUCAAUACAUGUUUGCUAUUGUUCUUAAUAUCUUCAUCAUUAGUAUUACUAGUAGCGAAUUCUUAUGAAAAGAAUGCUCAUUGGUGUAAUGGAUUUAGAAGAGCUUCCAUAACCACUCAUCCAUUUGAAUUUGAUAGUUCUCAUUAUGGAUAAAAUCUAGAGAAACACAAACUUGAGAGGAUUUUUAUUCAGAGUUUAUCCCUUAAGCUGCAUAAAAAAUGAAGGCUGAAAAGAAAUGUGGACUUAGUGUUAAAGAUGUUGGGAAUAUACCUAUUGAAGAACCAGGGAGAGGUGUGAAACAAUUUGCCUGUGAUGAAUAAAAACAGAGAAGUAGCCAGUGAUUAAGAUUCUCUGCUCACAUUUUGACAUAAAUUACAAAUUAAAAAAACAAAAAAUUGUCCGUUUGGGAAUUCUUUCCCCAAAUUUUAUUAUUACAAAUUUCAGACACUUAGAAAAAUUUAAAGAACAGUAUAAUAAACAUCCAUGUACUCUAUUUAGAAUCAAUAAUUAUUAACAUUUGAUCAUAUUUGCUUUCUUUCUGAAAUUAUAGGUAUGUAUGUGUACGUAUACUUAACCAUUAUCUUAUGACAUAGAAGUGAUACUUAAUUCCUGAAUAUAGUAGCAUGCAUCUUUUAAGAAUAAGAACAGCCUUUAAUACCAUGGUCACACAAGAAAAUUAUCAGUAAUUCUGUAAUAUUCUUUUAUAUUCACUUCAUAUGUCCCAAUACUCCCAAGGUAUCCUAUUGCUAUUUAUUUUCUAACCAGCAUCUUUUCUAUAUUCAUGUAUUGCAUUUGGUUAUCAUGUCUCUAGAUUUUAAUCUUGAAAAGACUUGGAAAGCUGUUUUACAGAAUGCCAUGCAUUCUAGAUUGGUUUCUUCCCUCAUGGUGAGCUUUAAUUUGUGUCUCUAUCCUUUGUAUCUCUCAUAAAGUCGAGUUAGAGCCAGAGACUUAAACAUUUUUGGCCAGAAUACACCAUAUUUGGUGAUACAUACUUCAUAUUGCAAUACACCAGAAACACAUAAUACCCAUUUUUCUCACUACUGCCAGUGCUAAGUUUGGUCGUUUGCUUAAGAUGGUGACUGCUAGAGCUCUCCAUUAUAAAGGACUAGAGCUCUCCAUUAUACAACUAGUAAGACUGGUGAACCUUUCAACUACUUUUGAAAAUGUAGUCCUAUCAUAUGUAUGAAGUUCUGAAUUAAAGAUAAAAUGGAAACAAUUACAGAUUGUUCAAAAAAGAAUGAUAGUUAAAUUGUGUAUCAGAAGUUGUAGAAUGUGCCUGAGGCUCUAUUCAGUGGAAAAUACCUUUUAAUGUGUCUUGGAGGAAACCAAGAUGCAUCUGGCCAGAUGGAGGGCCAGAACUAUGCUCUGUUUUCCCGUAUCUACACCAUCCCUGUCACACUGAACUAAGAAGCUAGAAAAAUAACAAACCCUAAGCCAAUAUACAGAAGCAAUUUAUAUAACUAAAAUUGUCCCAGAACUUCUGAAAUUAUGUCUCAAAAAUUACCAGUACUGAAUAGUACUUGAGAAACAGUGGGAUUCUCUGGUUAAUGAAGCCUAUGAAGUAGAAACUACUAAAUCCCCCUCUCAAGGAAAAAUCAAAAGCACCUAGUCAACUUAGAAAACUAAAGAGUAUUCUAUUGAGUGAAAUUGUUUGACUUCAUUUAAACUGGUGAUCUCAAACUUUACCAUGGAAAUACUGAUUCCCAUUACCUAUUUCCAUCUUAGGGAUAUGAAACUGCAUUGGGAAUGCUGCCAUAACUAGGAGGCCCUAAAGUUGGAUAUUUCAGUCACUAAGUCUGCUUGUUAUGAUGGAAUGGUAGUUAGCAUCAUGCUCUCAAAGGAUUGCCUUCUAAUGUUUUCUUUUAUUUGUGAGUAAAAAUCUUUGUUGUAUCUAAGUCAAAAGGGCUCCUGAGUUAUCUCAUGUCAUUUCAUCAUCUCUUUCUGCAACUGUAUAGUAUUUAAUUUGUUAAUUGUGAUAAUUUCUAUUGACAGAUUGUUUGAUUUUCUCCCAUUCCUGGAUAUACCCGGGUUAAUUAUUGGUAUAUGUAUGUAUUCUGGUGCACUGCUAGAUUUCAUUUGCUACUAUUUUAUUUAGAAUUUUUACAUCUCAUGAGUGAGGUUAUAUAAAAGUUAUAUUUUUGAGGUAUUUUUGUUUGUUUUUGUAUUGCAGUUACCUGUUCUUUAAAACCGUAUGACUGUAUUGGGUGGUUUUGUUUUGAAUUGGAGAUCUUAUAAUCACUUUUCUAGUUCCAUCUGUUGAUUUUCUUAUCUUUGAAAUUCUACUUUGGACACAACAAAUUCAGAGUGCCCAGCACAAUUCUUUUCAGGAGCCUUUGCAGCCAUGUAGUACCAGCUAAGAUUCACAUAAAAGGAGCAUUAAUUACAACAUUGAAAAUCCUUCAUUAUGUCUUCUUGGGAAUACUAUGUUGGGAAAUCAGAGCUCCUUAUCAGACUGUUAAUGAUCGUACCUGUGCGUAUUUUUCUCCAUAUACUGAAAGUGGAGUUGCUUGGGUUUGGUCAUGGGUAUGCCUAUGUUCAACUUUAGUAAGUUUAAUUUUUCUAAAUAGGUUCCAAAAAUUCCAACUGGCACUCCCACCAACAGUGUAUGAAUGUUCUGCUUUCUCCAUAUCCUUGAAAAUAUUUGGCAUCAUCAAUUAAAAAGAAAAGUGUUUGCUACUCUGGUAGGUAUCAUGGUUUACAUUUCCAUUCUUUUCUGAUUAUUUAUUCGCUAUUUGGAUAUUCUUGCAAUACUUGUCCACUCCUUCCUCCUGACAUUGGAUGUAUUAGGUGUGUCCGGUUUCACAAAGCAUUUGUAAAACUUGUAGGACAGCAUUUACUGCCUCGGCAGUGACUGUGUGUGUGUGUGUGUGUGUUCCCCCACCAGACAUGAGCUGGUUGGUGGCUGUGAUGGAAUCAGUUUUAUCUCUGCAUCUGUAGCUCCCAGUAUGAACCAUGACCCUUAGUUAUUUGAUACAGUUAGGAUACACUCAGCAAAAAUCAAAAUACCAAACUAGCGUAAGCAAUGAGGAAGUAUAUUGAGUCAUAUAACAGGCUUUUUUGGAGGGUGAGGAGAGAAGAGGUUCCAGAGAUUUUUGAUUCAUAAGCAAAAUGAAAUAUUCAGAGACUCAGAUUCUCUUCUAUUUUUCACUUUGUCUUCCCCAGUGUUGGCUGGGGUACCAUGAAGGCUGACAGAUUUCUAGACAUUUUAUACAGGCAUGACAAUAUUGAGGGAAAAGAGUAGGAGAGAUCAUUUUCUGUGACUCCUAAGGGCAAAGAACAUUUCCCAUUAGUUAACAGUAUGUCUGCUCUUAAACCUAAUUGUUAACUUGGGUCAUAGGUAAUUUCUGAAAUAAUCUCUGGUAUACUUUAAAUUAAUUACAAACUCAAAGUUUUUAUUUAAAUGUAGCAGGCUCAUAAAUUUUACUAUCUUUUUAUGCAUGUAUGAAGAAAGAACCAGUGAUCCUUUAUUUUAACAACAAAAAUUUUUACAUGUGUAUAUUUCAUAAAACAUAGAUGACAGUUUAAAUUAAAUGCGUAUAUUAAGACCAUUAAGUAUAAUUACAGACUAAUCAGAGGUUAGUGUUUAUUUCAAAAAGAUAGCAAAAAUUCUGAAGUAUUAAAUUCAGUAUUAGAACAUUUACUAGGAGUUUUUUAUUUUCCGAUUUUUUUUUUUUUUGUAACUAUGAGGGACAGGGGAAAUAUUAAUGGUUUAACCUUGUAAAAUUUUUUCACUCUCCCAGAGUCAGAGAAGCCUACGUUUUUAAGUUUAAUUCCUGGAAUUCUGUUAGCUUCAAGGAUGAGAAGGCCAAAAUGAACAAUGUGGAAAUGAAACAAAGGUGUGAUUAGAAUUUGGGGGAAUAUAUUUACUAAGUUUAUUUUUAUAGCACACAAACAUAGGGCUAAGUUCAAAAGAAAUGAGUGUUAUUCUCUCCCCUUUUCUCAAGCUAUACAAUGACUCUUUAGGGACAGCUACAUUUUUCAGCAUCUUCUGUAUUCUUGGGCAGAUAGUCUAUGUAAAUUAGGAGAACUUAUUGCCUCAUAGUAGACAUUCAAGAUUUGAAAAUAUUCCAUUAAUGCAUCAUAAUUCAGUGACAUCCAUACACCAUUAUGGAUUUCACCAAUAAAAAUUUUGAUUCAGUUUACUUCUACUAUUCCUGAGUGUUUACUGUGGAGAAGUGGGUCUGCAUUAUCCUUGGCCACAAUUUUUUAAUAUGAUCCAUCCUAACCGGUUGCCUUCUAUGCCUGAUGCUCAAGAGAUCUGGCCUCCUCUACCACCAUCCCUAUGGGGGUUUUCUUCACUUCUCUCCGAUACUGAAUUUUUACUUUUCUAUUCAUUUAGCUGGUGGAAAACCUCUAGUUGCUUUCUUGGA